GAAAAAUGUCCGUCUCGGUGAUCGGUCUUCGCGUAUGCGGGAAAAAUGUGUUCGAUUUCGCUAGUUUAGCGAAAUCUUUGCCCUCUCAGAUACAGCCGUGUAGGUACAGGUUCAAAUUUGUCGAUUUGCCAAAACCUGGCACACCUGGGACUUGCUUCAGACGGACUGUACACUUUGAAGACGAGUACACCGUCAGGCCGCAAAAAGUCACCCAUUUGGCUGGCAGAGACCCUGUAACAGGUCGGGUCGUAGCCAAAGGAAUUGGCGGAGGAGUGAAGCAUAAAUUUCACUGGAUCAAGUGGAUUCGAGAUGGUCCAAAAUCUGUGGAUGAGAAGCCGAAGGAGGAAAAGGUACUCGCCGUGUUUAAGGAUGGCUGCAGAACAGCUGACAUAGCAUUAGUUGGUUAUAAGGAUGAAUUGAAGUAUAUCCUGGCAACGGAGAACAUGAAGCCGGGAGAUAUUAUUCGCACUUCCUGUGCCAUUCCACGUAUUGCUGUCAGAGCGAAGGAGGGUGACGCUUAUCCCUUAGGAGCAUUGCCAAUGGGCACCCUGGUACACUGCGUGGAAAAGUACCCAGGUCUCGGUGGUUUCCUUAUUCAUGCAGCUGGGACGUGUGGAACGCUCUUACGUCGUGAAGGUGACCGCAUCAUAAUAAAGAUGCCCAGUAAGAAGGAGUUUAGUCUUCACGAGACUUGCAUGGCUACGGUAGGGCGCUUGUCGAACAUUGUGCACGGAAGUACACCUAUUGGAAGCCAUCAGAAAAACAGAGAGCUUGGAAACAGGCCGAGAAGUGGUCUUUGGCAUCGCAAGGAUGGUCGGCAUGGACGUAAGAUUAGACCCCCGCCACCUGUACGCAAGUUCGACUCUUCUAAAGAUUCAGGCCUGGUGCGAGAACCUCUCAAGCUCACCCUUCCCUUCUAAGCAUUUGUUACAUUGUACAAAUAGUUAAUAUAAGAAUGAGAAAAUAUUUAAAAA